AUGGGAAAUUGGAAAAGUAUUUCUGCAUUGUCUGUUAACAAUAAUAUGGCUUCUGCUAAAAUUGAAGUUGAGAAGCCUACAUAUGAUCGUUAUAUCUUAGAUGAAAAUAAUAUUUUCAUUCCGGAUCGAUAUUUGACACGAAUGGCCCACAAUGGUCUACUUGAAAAAUUUAUCGACUUAGUCGCUGCCGUUAAUAUAGAAACGGAAAAAAUGAAUUCCAUUUUAUUUAAAUUAAAACGUGGACAUGAGACAGCUUAUGAUGACGUCGACUUGAAGCGAUUUCAAAUCGACAAUAAUGAUGAACCAUGUAACAUGAAAACUUGCGACACAGACCCAUCAACAUCUGCUCUAGUUCAAUAUAAACACAAUGAAUUGAGGGAUUGUAACAGUAUUGAUUUAACUCAAGCAGAACGAUCUACAUCUGUGUUAACUCAUCAUGAAUUAUCAGGAUGUCAACCAAGAACAUUACCUGAUAAAAAUAACGGGCGAUAUGCUUAUUUACCAAUCUUUCCAAUGGGAUCGGUGGGUGUAGAUAAUUGUCUCCUUUUGGCUAAUGUACCCGAGAUACGUCUUACUCCUCAGGAAAUGGCACGACGUCAACAUGGCGCAUACACAUCAGAAGCCCUGAGGAUGAUGAACACGUACAAAUAUAUUGAUACAUUCAGUUUGUCUGAACAAGAUGCUGAAGAGUUAACUUUACGAUUACAAGUCGGUCAAUCAAUUAUUACUUUUAAUGCUGAUCGACUUCGUUGUAUCUGUGAUUGCAAUUCAAUCUAUUGGUAUUUUAUUCCUCUACGUCGGGAGGAAGAACUGGCAGAUAAUAUUGUUUAUACACGAGGAGCUUCUAUUGGAAAUCCAGAUUUGGCCUACAUAAUGGCCACCAUGGCCAUAACUAAUGAUCGUGUUGCGCAAUAUCUAAAUCCAGUACCAUUGCCACCAGCUGCCUAUGUCUUUUCAUAUCGACAACUACAAAGACAACGAGAAUUUUUCGAAAAUAUUAUCGGUUCUUCCAUUCAUCAACUACCCUAUGGCUUAGUUGAAUUCUCAACUGGAUUACCUCAUCCAUUCAAUGAUACACAUGAAUGGGUUCCUUUGGAUACAUCUGAUCUUCCAACGAAUGAAUUUGAACGACAAUGGGUGUUAGAAGAAAUGACAAAAUUAUUCACACCAUAUCCAUAUACAAUUAUCCCAAAUAAGAAUGAUAAUCAAACCAUACAAACUGAUGUGCAUCCAUCAAACAUUGGCCUACAUGUAUUACAACCCAUCAUUCAUGAUCAGCAUAGUAUGCUUGAUAAUUUAACCCAAAAUUCGAUCAAUGCAACCGACAUGGCCAAUGCUACUCAUCAUGAGCAUUCUAAAAUGGAUCUAACCUUCACCAGUUGGUUUUAUCUCAUUAGCUUAUGUUUAACAUGUAUCGGGGUUGGUUUGAUGGUUUAUGUGGCCGUAUCUAAGAACGGCGCAUCUACAUUUUGUAAUUUCUUAUUUACUAUGCCAGCACCUCUCACCUCUCGUUUUCACCAACAACAAAAACGUCCACAGCAAGUGGAACAAGGUCGAAUCAGAGGUGAAUUCCAUGAUCCACCAAAAGAAUUACAACCAACCAUGACAUUGAUUCCAACGGAUCUGGUUUAA